AUGUCCUCCACACACGAUGCCUUCAGCCUGCCGACUUCCUCGCCCGGCAUCCACCCACACCCUGACGCCUUCAAUCCGGAGAUGCUCACUUCCCCGACAAGUAGCGGCUCGUAUUCAUACCCACCGCACUCGUCACGGGGGUCUUACGACUAUGUUCCCACCGGUACACGAUCACGACAAUCCUCGAUACUCCCCCUCCAUUCCAACGCAUCCUUGCCGCCUCUACCAUCCUACCCUCCGUUAUCGCACACGUGGGAUCGCCUCCGCCAAUGGCUCUCGCGAGAGUACCCGGAGCUGGGCGACACACUCAACUAUGGGAUUCUUCCUCUGGACCUGCAACAGAUUGAGAUGGCCCUGGGCAUGCGCCUGCCAGCGGCGGUGCGGGAUUCGUACUUGUGUGUCGACGGGCAAGAGGCGGAGUCCGCAGCAGGGUGUUCGGAGGGCCUGUUCUUCGGCCUGACGCUGCUGCCGAUGGAGGACGUUCUGGAGGAAUGGAGGUUCUGGAGGGAGAUUGACGACGACCCGAGCACUGGGGCGAAUCCACGCCUAAAAGAGGUAAUGCAGUCCAUCCCUCCGAAGUGGGUCAAGCGGGAGUACACCUGCAAGGGCUGGCUCCCGCUCAUCACGGACAAGGGGGGCAACUACCUCGGCAUCGACAUGACUCCGGACGAGGAGGGGAAGUCAGGGCAGGUCAUCGUCUUCGGGCGUGACUUUGACACCAAGAUCGUGAUGUUCAGAGGGGAGGGCGAGGGCGGGUGGGGCAAGUGGCUCGCUGGCUUCGUGGAUGAUCUCGAGAGCGGGGAGGGAUAUGAGCUGGGGUCGACGAAUGACGGGAGCGAUGGCAGCGAGGACUCCGUUGGGUACGAAAGCUAUUUCUUCGACGGCGUCGGCGGCGGUCAGGGCGACACUGGUGGCGAUGCAGGCACUGGCGGUCUGCGUAUGACGGGCGAGUACAAAGGGUGGAAUGUCCUUGAAGCCUGGGCGGAUCGCAGCAUACGGAAGUGGCAAGAGGCCGGACUAUACGCCAAUGAUGCAUACCCACCAUGGGAGAAGGGCAAGGCGGCGGAGCGGUUUUCUCUCGAUCAUAUACCGUUAGCCGGGGCUGGCAACGGCUCUGGCGCAGAGGUGCCUAUACCUGUUUUCUCAGACGCAUCUGGGGAAACGACAGCCCUCACCACGGCCCCGGAACCUUUGAGCUACGUUGCGGACAAGAGACAAUCAUCAUCUCGGCGAUCCGUCCCGACCAUCGCAGUCACAAAACCUCCGGCGCCGUUGCCUCUAGAGUUGCCCACGCCAGCAGCUAUCGAUUCGCCGUCGUUUGCGUCGCAGCAGCUGCCCGACGACAUCGAAGCAGGCCACAACGUGGGGGUGUUUGAUGCAUCGUCCGCGUCGUCGCCUCCUGCGACAGUGUCGCCUCUUCGCAUCGUUUCGCCACCCGCAGCAUCAACCUCAAAUCCAAUUCGCAUUCCUUCUCCCCCUUCAAGGGCGCUGACAGGAUCGCCGGACACAAUACACGCUGCCUCGCCUACCGCGCCGAUACCUGAUCUGCUUACGCCCACAUCACCAACUACCCCAACGUCAUCUGUCCCCGCACCGGUGAUGGCAGCGGUGCUGCUCGAUUCGGAGUCGCCAGCCCAGUCGGGUGAAGAUUCUCCAGUUCUGAUCCAUGCGGACGACGUCGAGCCUGAAGCUCCCAUCCGUCUCGUUGGCGGAGGAGGUAUCUCCGGUACGGUUGAUGACUCGAUGCAGAACGACAUUGUUAUUGUUGACGACCCGCAGUCGGUGGAACGUGAAGACGACUCGAAUGGGCCGGCCUCGCCGACCGCGGCGGAGACGAGCCCCACUAGCGAGAAGCGGAAGAGCAUCACGGCGAGUCUGAAGAGCAUUGGGCGGAAGAAGGACUCGGUCUCGUCGAUCAAGGGGAGCGGUUGA